UGCAUUCGCUAUCUGCAGCUCUGCUAACUAGGUUUGCCAGGUCUCGGAGUGGAAGUCGAUCCGAGUGACUUGUGCGUGAAUGUCGGACAAAAUUUCCAGUGUGCGCACGACAUCAAAGGGCAAAAUAAGAGCAGCGAUCAGAUGAGACUAGAGAGCGAGAAAGGUGCGGUCUGGGUCCCUGCCAGUUGUCUCGAGAUUUUACCAAUGCAACCGGUCAAAAUCCCGCUCAACUCGACACAGACCUCUGACAUGAUCUCGGCCGCUCUUCGGUCGCCCGGCGACAAUGCGAGGCUGAUUGUUGGUGAAGGUCUCAAGAGCCUCGGUAUUAGCGGGGGCGACGGUAGGGCCAACUUUGUGAGCACGAUCCUGAUAACCCUGAGUAAUGUUACCGUAACUGACCGUCUACAGGAGGGUAUUGGUUUCAAUAUCAACACUUCAUUGGUUGAGUUCAUUGCUCGCAUUCUUCCGUCACCAAGAUUGUCCUAUGAUUCAAAAAUCCAACCGACCAUCAAGGAUGCCUCUUGGCACCUAAAGCAAGCUCCUUUGGUCCGCGGAAAAGAGAUCGCGGAGUGGCCUUUAUUCCAAGGAAAAGUGAUCGCGCCGUGGCUCGAGGUAAUUUACUUGAGAAACUCCAAUUUUUGCGAGCCGGAAAAACUGGGAAAAGCACUGCAACAACAUCUGACCAACUAUGGGAUCAAGAUCACCAAUGCUUUCGACCCGGAACAGUGUGUUCACCAGAUCAAAUGGGCAGCCGAUAUAACACUCCGAACCGCCGUCGCUGAUGGUUUCAAUAAAGUCUUGCAGGACUCAAUGGUUCUGGUCAUCUUACCUAACGAUUACAAAGAGCUCUACAGCACUGUGAAAAGAGAAGGCGAUAGCCGUGGCAUUCUCAAUGUGUGUUGUUUGCAAGGUAAGUACGGGACCCUUCCGUUACCUCCAAUGGCACAGAAGCUCUCCAAUCUGGCACUUAAGUUCAACCUCAAACACGGGAAGGACACCCAUCGUAUUGAGGGAGGUAUACUGAGGAAGACUGAGGACACAAUCGUCAUGGGCGCCGAUGUUGGGCAUCCCCCUAUCGGAGGAGCUGACGGGAGCCCAUCCAUUGCCGCAGUGGUAGGAAGCCUCAACCAUCAUAUGAUGAAUUAUCCAGGUUCAGUUCGUCUACAAGCUGGCGGUCAAGAAAUCAUAGGAGACCUCAAGGGAAUGGUCUCGGAACGCCUUCAGGCCUGGAAUUCGGAAAACGGAAAAUUUCCUACCAGGGUCCUUUUUUACAGAGACGGGGUCUCGGACAGUCAGUUCAAGCAGGUUAAGGACAUGGAGAUAAACGCAAUCAGAACGGCCUACAAGGAGGUGACAGGGAAUCCGGCGUCGUCGCUGGAGCUCACUUUCGUGGUCGUAGGCAAACGACACCAUACCCGGUUUUACGCAAAGGACCAUAUUGGCUCGUAUAAAGACAACAAAUCUGGAGCAGUCAAUGGGAACUUGAGGCCAGGUCUCGUGGUUGACCAAGUCGUUACUCUUCCGGGCCAAGACAACUUUUUCCUUCAAUCUCAUGCAGCCGUGAAAGGCACUGCAAGAUCCAAGAAACAACCCACAAGUUAUGCUACGCCUUCAGUCGCGCAACCAAAGGUGUUUCGUACUGCGCUCCCGCGUACCUUGCGGAUCGCCUCUGCGAACGUGGGCGAUGUUACCUGCGAUCUUGGCAGCAGAAUCCAAAGUUUGAGCUGCCCGUUUUCGAGGAGCAAAUUAGGUGGUACAAUGACACUAAAAGAAGUGGUGGAAUACCCCAGGGCCGUACCCAAAAGACAAAAGACAACGCUAAAGAUUUUCCGAAGCUUAACAAAGAUGGGAUGAUCGCUUGGAAGGCUGAAUGUGCUAAGAUGCUGGCUAACUCUGAACACUGGAAGAUUCCGGUUGCCGACACGGUCAAAAAGAACCCCUGGAAUGAAAAGUUCGACAAAGUCAUGUUUUGGAUUUGAAUGAGGAGGAAACGAGCUCAGGAUAAGUUGCAUCACCUAUUCAACUAGGAGUGCUGUCGUGGAAGAAAGCUCGGGGUCUUGAUAUGGAAGAGGUGCUUGACUGGGAAAGAUGUAAAGACUGAAGGAAGGCUUUUUGAUUCUCAAGUGGUCGCUGAUGGUUCAACACCUCCUGGUAUGGUCCGAGCUUUGCGAAGAUGGCUGAUUGUUCUACGUUGGCGUUCUAAUUCUGUAGGGUCUUGAUUGGGUAGCAAAAUAUUUUCCGGAAGACUCUCCAUACUCCCAUGC